AUGUUGGAUUGCCCCUUGAAACGACAAGCUUCUGUAUGUUCCACUCGACUUGGGAGUACCAAGAGCCUUACUGCUGCUUUUUAUGGGGACAAGCAGCCUGUUACAGUUGGAGUCCAGUUUAGUAGUGAUGUCUCCCGAAGUGAUGAGAAUGUAUUAGACUCACCAAAGCAGAGAAGAAGUUUUGGUUCAUUUCCAUACACACCAUCGGCAGACUCCAAUUCAUUUCAUCAAUAUCGGUCAAUGGAUUCCAGCAUGUCAAUGGCUGAUAGUGAAGCCUACUUUUCUGCAGCCGAGGAAUUUGAGCCCAUUAGCAGUGAUGAAGGCCCUGGAACUUAUCCAGGUAGAAAAAAGAAGAAAAAGCAAACACAGCAGAUUGACUACAGUAGGGGUUCCAUAUAUCACAGUGUAGAAGGACCACUUACUGGCCAUGGAGAGACCAUUCAGGAUCCCCGAACUCUGCCAUUCAAAACUCAUCCUUCCCAGGCUUCAUUUGUUUCUGCAUUAGGUGGAGAAGAUGAUGUUAUAGAACAUCCGUAUGUUGUAGAGGUUGAGAAAACACUAGAGAGUGAACAGAUUACUUCUCAACAACCUGUGAUGAAUUGCUAUCAGACUUAUCUUACUCAGUUCCAGGUAAUUAAUUGGUCAGUGAAGCACCCUACUAACAAAAGAACCUCUAAGUCCUCAUUGCAUCGUCCCCUUGAUCUGGAUACUCCAACCAGUGAAGAAAGCUCAUCAUCAUUUGAACAGCUUUCUGUUCCAACUUUUAAGGUUAUCAAACAGGGGCUCACAGCUAAUUCUUUACUAGACAGAGGAAUGCAACUUUCAGGAUCAACUUCAAAUACACCAUACACUCCUCUGGAAAAGAAAACGGUUGAUAACACAGAUGAUGAAACAUUGGCAGAAGAGUGGACCCUGGAUCAGCCGGUCUCUCAGACCAGGACCACAGCCAUAGUUGAAGUGAAAGGGACUGUUGAUAUUGUUCUGACUCCCCUGGUAGCCGAAGCUUUAGACAGGUCCCCUCUUAAGCAAAUGUUUGUUUGA